AUGUUAAAGUCUGAUGACAUGGAAGAAAGGGCUCUUAUCUCAGAAUUUUUGAUUAAGAUAUCAGGUUUCUCUAAGUGCUUGGAAGCGGUUUUCCUUGGAUUAUGCAACGAGUUUAUAAACUUUAUAGAAAACAGCAGGACUCACGUUGGAAUGGAAGAAGCUUUGAAGAUUGUGGGGGAACUUUCCAGGAGAAAAGCAAUUGCAAAUGAAGACAUGGCCGUGUUUCAUCAUCAGAUAAUUUUAAGGAUGGCCGGAACAAGAUUCUGGGGAGAAAGUAAAGAAAUACCUGGAGUGGUUAGAGCGAUCUGUAGAAACUAUCCCAGGAUGGCAUCUCUGACCAUAAAACAUCUCAUAAAGAUAUUUGGAGGGGCGUGUUCCAUCACCAAAUCCACGAUUUUAUACAUUGUAAAAGAGAUUCUUAAGACUAUAAGCGAUGAAACGUAUCGGAACCUGGAGGAUGAUUUUUGCAAAUUAACAGCUAUUUCCCUUGGAUCCUAUCACCAUUUGGUAGUUGAGGGAGCUGCAGAAAUGCUUUUAGAGAAUCAUCGCAUUUUAUCCAGACAUCGAAGAGCCUCGAUUCCAAAAAUCUUUGGGCCUAUCUACAGGACAUCCAAAAGGUUUUGGAGGAUGGAAGGAAUAAACAAAACAUUAAGAAGCCUUUAUGCCAUUCUUGAAAUAGACCAUAGAUUAUUUGAAGAAUGCUUGAAGUCAUACAAUAUGAGAAGAUGGAAAAACAAAUGGAUGGAAGACUAG